AUGUCUUGUUCAACACCAAGUAAGCGUGCGAGAGUAGAGUUAACGCCACAGACCAAGAAGGACAUUUGCCUCUUCAAGCAAAGUAAACCUAAAGUGACACAAGGUGAAGUAAUCACUUAUGCAGUUGAGAAGUUCGGGUUGAAGAUCGGCAGAUCGACGGUAUCAGAUAUGCUGAAAGAUUCAACAAAAUGGUUGGCUGUUCCAUCAAGCGUCACGUCCACAUCAAGAAACAGAAAACCAAAACAAGAGGAGCUGGAGAAUGCCUUGUUUCUGUGGUUUACGGAUGUAAGAUCAAGAGAUGUGAUGCUGAAUGAUGAACUGUUGAAAACACAGGCGAAAGAGUUGGGCGAUCGGUUAGGUGUACUCGAUUUUUCAUACAGUACUGGCUGGCUGAAUCGUUUUAAACAGAGGCAUGGGAUAAGAAAUCACAAAGGUCAUGGUGAAUCUGCUUCUGUUUCUUUAGAAACAGUUAGAGAAGGCAGGCAAUCUAUUCAGGUAGUCCUCGCUGAUUUCAAUCCUUGUGACAUUUUCAACUGUGAUGAGACAGGCUUAUUUUACAAGAUUGAGCCAAAUUCAACAUUGUGCACUGCUCCGGUUUCUGGCAAGAAACAGUCUAAAGAUCGUUUGACAGUAAUGCUGACAGUAAAUGCAAUUGGCACGGAAAAACUGAAACCACUAGUGAUUCAUAAAUUCAAUCGGCCGAGAUGUUUUGGAAGAACAUUUGACCCCACGUCUGUUUGCCACUGGUACAUAAAUAAGAGAGCAUGGAUGACAUCCUUAAUUUUCCAGGAUUUGCUGGUGAACUUUGACCGACAAAUGCGCAUGCAGAGAUGUCACGUGAUCCUGCUGUUGGACAAUGCCCCCUCCCAUGCUACUUGCCAGUUAACUUAUGUCACAUGUCAUUUUCUGCCGCCUAAUACCACUUCACACAUCCAACCUAUCGAUGCUGGGAUCAUAAAAAAUUUCAAACUCAUGUACAAGAAACAACAAAUGAAACUCUAUUUGGACAAUUCUCAAAAUGAAACUCCGCAAUCUCUGGGUGUGAAGCGAGCCCUGCUCUUUAUCCGAACAGCCUGGAACGAAGUCAAACAACAGACCGUUAUCAACUGCUGGCGCCACACACAAAUUCUGCCGUCAACUGAACCAGUGACCACGGAUCUUGUCAUCGAUGUAGAGGAGACGAUUGCCGAAAUUUCAACAGCUGUGAUUAAAGUGUAUGGACCAAACAAGUCAACUGGAGAUUUCAUCAAUGUAGACAGCGAUCUUCCAUGUGAAGAAUCAUAA